UGGUUUCAUGUAACACAACAAUGGCGGCGCUGACAGAGUCACAUGUACAAAUAUCCCAUGAAUCUGAUGAGAUGGUGGACAGUGGUGACGAUGGAGGGAGUCAGGAUGAGGUGACUGGGGACGAAGGAGAAAGUGAUGGAAGUGUAGUAGGAGAAGACGAGGAAGGAGGUAACGCCAAUGAAGAUGAUGGCAACCCCAACGCUGGCUGGGCUGAGGCAAUGGCCAAGAUCCUGGGGAAGAAGACUCCAGAGAACUCAAGUGGCAUUCUGGUGAAGAGCAAAGAGCUGGUCAAAAUAAAACAGAAGGAGAAAGAGGCACAACAGGAGAAGAAAAAGCAGGUGGACAAGAAGCGGACCUGGGAGAUGAUGUGCAGAGUCAAACCGGACCUGGUAAAGGACCGUGAAACAGAGAGAGCAAUGCAGAGAAUUGCCACGAGAGGUGUGGUGCAGCUCUUUAAUGCCGUCAGGCAGCACCAAAAGACCGUGGACGACAAGGUGAAGAAAGUGGGCGGGUCUGAGAGGAAGAAGGCCAAAAUCUUGUCUGCUGUUUCGAAGAGAGACUUCAUAGAUGUUCUGAGGGGAACAGGAGACAGUCCAGCUGGGAUCAAGGAGGAAGACGCUGCUGCUGCAGUCAGAGACGAGAAGCCAGGGUGGAGUGUCCUCAGAGAUGAUUUCAUGAUGGGAGCCGCCAUGAAAGACUGGGACAAGGACAGUGAUCAUGAGGAAGAAGAGACACACAAGCCUGUGGACGACAGUGAAUCCGACUGACUCUGGCCACGCUUUUAAGUGACUUUGUAAAGCUGUCUGCAGCAAAGAACUGCUGCUCUUUAAGGACGAACUGGGGGAAAUGCUGUUCCCUGCUGCUGGUAAUUAGGAUGUCAGGAUACAGGGAUAUUUUGAAACCUGAGGUAACCACAGUUUGUUGUGUGAAGCUCUGGGGAUGGACUGACCUUUGAUGUUGAUGUUCUGUACAUUGCUGGUCCUCUGAAAUAAGUAGCAGCCAGAAAAGCAGUGUAGUUCCAGGGGACAUCAGUCAAAGCUCACGUAUCAUGUUUGUUCACAGAGUUGUAAAUGAGAAUGACCAAAGUUCUGUACAAGUCUUCAUUCCACUUGUGAUGUUUUUACAGAACUCUGGGUACUAAUGGACGAUCUGCCCUCAGCAGACAUUUUUCCAUCUUCUGUUUUUGCUCGUGUGGAGCUUUACUAUCCUUAUAUCCUAAGUGUUUUCUGAGAGGAAGAUGAAUAGGCCCCAAAACUGUACAAUGUAUUCCACAUAUCAAUUAAAGAUCUCCAAACACAUGUGGCCAAUUUCUUGUUUUGUAACUUUGUGACCCAU